ACGAUUCCAAUGACCACAAAUGCAUCAAACAACAAUCUAAUCAUAUCAUCAUCGACAACGAAACCGAUUACUUCAACCAUUCGAUCAACGCCAAAAAAACGUACCCGUGCGACAAAACGUACCGGGAAAAAACAACAACAAACAAUCAGCAAUAAUAAUCAUUGUGCUAAUAUUGAUUGUGGAAUAUUGAAUUCGGGUUGUUCAUCAAGAAUAACAAAAAAGAAUCAAACAACAACAACAACAAAAACGACAACAACAAUAGAUUGUUGUCCAAAACUACCGACAACAACAACAAAAUCAUCAUUAACAACAACAACAACAAAUAAUUCUUUGACAUCCACGACAAGCACUACGAAUACCACCAGUGGAUAUUUAUUACAAUCAGCACUUUCGGGUGAUCGAUCACCGAUAUCACCACCGGUAACAACAACAUUAUUGAAUGGCAAAUUAAAUCGUUAUCAUCAUCAACCAACAUUACCACCAAUGCAACAACAACAACAACAACAUUUGAUGGAUAAUCAUCAAAAGAAUCCAUUAUCAUUACGUAAUAAUUGUCAAUUAUCAUCACCAUCGAUGAUGGUAAAUCCAAAGACAUUAUCAUCUGAAUGUUCCACAUAUCCAUCAAUGGCCACAAAUUCAAUGAUAAUGAAAACAAAUGAUUAUCAAUAUCGUUAUUAUAAUGAUGAUUGUAAUUUGGAAAAUCAAUUACCGCAGCAUCAACAACAACAACAACAACAGAUCAAACGACAAAUGAUUUAUCAACAAACAUUAAUUUCAUCAGCUGCAUAUCAUCUUCAACCCCCGCCACUACCACCAUCUGCACCGCCACCAAUAGCAUCACAAAUCAAUCAAAAUGGUCAUCAUCAUCCGUCGGAACAGCAAUUAUAUUUUGAAUCUGAUUUACAAUUUCAGAAUAAUGAACAACAACAAUCAUCGAUAAUAAAAUCUGAAUGUUUUUCGCCAUCAUGUGAAUCAACCAAAUCAAUUUCAUAUGAUGAUUCUUGUUCAACAACAGCAACUGCAGCAACAUUCAACAAUCCAAAUCAAAAUAUCGAUAAUGAUUAUAGCGCAUCAUCAACAACAAAUUCUCAUCAUACAAACAACUGUGAUCAAUUAUUAUCCUAUCCAGUGGUAGCUGCUGGUGGCGCCACCACCGUAACAUCUAAAUUAUCAUCAUCAACAUUAUCACCUUGUCCAAAUCAAUAUGAUGAUUCUUCAUAUGUAAAUCCUAUCCAUAAUCAUGCUAAUCAUCAUUUAUCAUCAUCAAAUUAUCAAAAUUCUGAUCUAAAUCAUCAACAGAAUAAUGGUGGUGGUAGUUGUUCAUUAUAUGAUCAAUAUAAUUACCAGAAUUAUAACAAUUCUGAUUCCAUAAAAUAUCCAAAUAAUAUUAUAAUGAAUCAAUAUAAUCAAUAUUAUUCUGAUCAGCAUCAUCGUAUUCCAUCAGAAUAUUCUGCAACAUCAUUAAAACAACAACAAGAAUCCAAUAGUAAUUCAAUGACGACAACAACAAAUCAAUAUCAUCAUCAACAACAUCAUGGUUAUCAUGAAAAUUCUUCUUCGUAUUAUCCGGAUUCAACCAAUGCAUCAUCGAUAGGUUUAGCAUCAUCACCAAAUAGUAUUCAAACAUCCGCAUCAUCGUCUGCAUCAUCCGCAUCAUCAUUUUUACAGCAAAAUAAUCAAAUUAUAGGAUCACAAUAUGAACAACAAUAUGGCCAUCAUCUUCAACAACAACAGCAACAACAAUAUU